AUGGUGGACCUUUGGGACACGGAUUUGCAUAACGCCAGGACUCUGGUGAGAGUCGCCAAUGAUUAUGCCAGUUUGUACAGUACGCAGUCAAAUAAAUCAGAACACCUUAAAUAUAUUACAAUAAUAAGGGCAAAAGUGGCCUCCUUGAAGAAAGCAGUAAACAACCUGGAAAUUAUGCUCAGUGACAUGGACUCGCAACCUGAAAACGUAGCCUUGAAACAAGCCAGGAGACGCGAUUUAGACGAAAUAGUAUUUUCAGUUCGCUCUCUGGAAUUAAUGCUAAAGAAUACUUCCACCGAAAACAAUUAUUCUCCGACCCGGUAUAACAACACGGUGUUAAGUCCAACUGACGUUAACAAUAUGACUAAUUCCGACGUAUCCUACUAUAGAGAUACGCUGAUUAAGAUGCAAGACGACGAAUUGGACCUUUUGGAUACCAGCGCAAGUGCAAUUAAAAACAUCAGCAGUAACAUAAGAGACGAAGUAGGACUGCACAACAGAUUACUAGGAGAUGUGUCAACAUCAAUAGACCAAGCAGACUCAUACGUAAAUCGCAACAGAGAUAGAUUCAAUGAGAUCAUACUGAGAAGUAAUAAGAGACAGUUGAUGUUGAUCAUUAUGUUUUUGGAAAAUACAUUUAAAGAGGAGGAAAUUAAAGGAUACCUGGCGAAGGUUAAAAAAUUUGCAAUUUCAGAAGAUGAUAAGGCUAGAAUGAGGUCAUUGCAGGAUUCUACAUCUAUUAGUAGUAAGAAAGCUAUUAAGGUGGAAGAGGAGGACGUAGAAACAUUGGCAGAUAAGGAUGAGUUAACAUUCGAAGAACAAGAAUCAUUAUUAGAAAAAAUGGAUAUAUUGGAUACAAAAAUGACCAUUUAUGAUGAAACAAGUGGCCGUGGAGAUAGCUCUAAACACAGAGUAACUGCCACAGAUGAUGCUGAUGAUAACAGUAAUGCACAGGGAAAGGAAUCCGAUGGUACUGGUGACGCUACUACUAUGAGAGCUGAUGAGAUACAGCCUGAUUACAAGACAAUACUGAUUGAGAGAGAUGGAGAAAUUGAUUUGAAAAGACGAAAACUACCAUGUUGUAUGAUGGAACAGGAGAUAGUGGACUCAAUUAGAAAUCAUGAUGUGGUCCUAGUGACAGGGGACACAGGAACAGGAAAGUCAACACAAAUUCCACAGUUCUUGUACGAAAAUGGAUUCUGUAUUGAUAAUAAAAUCAUCGGAAUAACGCAGACGAGAAGAGUAGCAUGUAUGGCAAUAGCAAAGCAAAUAGGAAUGGAGUUGAGUUCGAGGCAUCUAGUAGGAUACCAGAUAAGAUAUGAUAAGAGCUACAAUGAAAGGUCGUGUAAAAUUAAGUUGAUGACGGAUGGAAUACUGAUUAAUGAGUUGAAACGUGAUAUACUAUUGAGUAUUGAUGACAAAGAGGGAACACAUGAUUACUUUAGCAAAUACAGUGUGAUUAUAAUCGAUGAGGCACACGAAAGAAAGAUUAAUUCAGAUGUAUUGAUUGGAUUAUUAUCGCAAAUCGUUAAACUGAGAAGGAAGAAAUACAGGGAAAAUAGAGAGAUGUUGCCACUGAAGUUGGUGAUAAUGAGUGCAACGAUAAGAAAGGAGGAUUUCCUGGAAAGUAAGCUGUUUGAAAGGAUAAAGCACGUGCACGUGCCGUCCGAGCAGGUUAAUUAUACAGUCCACUAUAACAAGAGUACGCCGUCAAACUACUUGGCUGAAACUAAGAGGAAGAUAUUGCAAAUACACAGAAGAUUGCCUCCAGGAAGCGUACUGGUGUUUCUUACAGGAAAGCAGGAGUUGUAUGACCUGAAGAGGCUCUUACUGAGUAGUAGACGCAGGAGAAGUGUUGGCACUGAUGCUACUGCUACUUGUGCUGGUGCUGGUACUGAUGCUGGUACUGAUGCUGGUACAGAUACUAUGGGCACUGCUACUGCUACUGGUGCUGAUGCUGAUCUUGAUCCUGGUGCUAAGGCUACUGCUACCAUUACCAGUACGACCACUAACAAUACAGAGACGAAAACAGCUUCAAUAAACAGGAAUUCAGAUGUCGAAGAAGUAAAGGAUGACGAUGAGAUAUUUGAAUUGAAUGAAGAUGAGGAAUAUGUAGAUACAGAUGCGGAUGAAAAAUUGACUGGAGAUUCAGAGGAUGAAGAACGAUACUGUAAAAUUGAGUCACAAGUGGGAGUAGAAAGGAGUGGUGGUCCAGAAAAAAGGGGAAAGGCAGAAACAGAUGACCCAGGAAAUCAAGCAGAAAAUAAAGAAAAGCUAGAAGUGGGAGAAGAGGAAUGGGAAGAAUACGAACUUCAAGCAUUAACAGACAAUUACAAGAAGUCAGUAGAUUGUAAAUGGCUAGGAUCGGAUGGAGGUGGAAGGUUAAAUGUCAAAAUACUUCACGCUUCGCAGACUAAUUACCAACAGAUGAACUGUUUCAUGUUGCCUGAUGAUGAUGAAAGAAUAGUAAUACUCUCGACUAACGUGGCAGAAACGGCAAUUACAAUACCAAACAUAAGAUACUGUAAGUAUUUGAAUACCAUUGAAGAGUUAAAUAGAUACGUGGUUGACUCCGGCAAGGAGAAAAGGAAAGUGUUCAACAACGACAAGGAAUAUGAAAACUUUGAAAUCUUCAACAUCUCAAAGUCGUCUGCAAAUCAAAGAGCAGGACGUUGCGGAAGACUGGGGCACGGACACUGCUAUAGACUGUACACGAACGCAGUGUUUGAAAACACGUUUCCAGAACAGUCGCCAGUGGAAAUACUGGAAACGAACCUGUGUUCCAUGGUGUUGCUCCUGGUGUCAAUGGGAAUCAACCCUCACAGUUUCACGUAUUUGACAGGGCCACCAAGAGGACACAUCGACAACGCAAUAAGGGCGCUGGUGGUACUGGGGAUCAUAGAAGUGGAUCAAAAGGAAACGAAGAGGAAAAUGGAUGAUAAUUGUAUGUUCAAUGAUCCGUUUCUGCUAACGCCUGACGAAGUAACAAGUAGUGGCAAUGGAGGCAGUACCAGCACCAACGCUGACUAUCGCAGGAGUAAACUGGAGGUGACGAAGCUGGGAAGGUGUGUGUCACUAAUGCCACUGGAGCCCAGAUACGCGAAGAUGAUAUACUGCGUACUGUCCAGGAGAGUGAAGAGCGUGAACUUUAUAUCAAUGGCAUUCCUAGUUGUCGCAGUUCUCUCGUUCAACGGGCCAUUUUUCAUUCAUUCAAACAUGUCAGGCGACGCAGUGGUAGAUCAGCUGGGCAGUGCUGGUGCAGGAAGGAGCUGGACGAACGACCUGGAAAAAUAUGUCUGGCUGCUGCGCGGAUACUCAAGGGCGGAGAGCAAAGUUGGCUUCUGCAACAGCCAGAACGUUAACCCGAGGGCGCUGGCAGAAGUGUUUUUGCAGGCGAACCAAAUACACCAAAUCAUCAGCAUCAACUUCCCAAAGUUGUCAGUGAAAGUGGAUUUCGAACGUUUGGAGAAGCUGAAGAGGCAGGAAUUAAGCGUCUUGGGAGAGUGCGUAGUAGAGGGACUAGUAGACAGAGUGGCAGUGGGAGUGCGGCACCUGGGAGCAGAGUACGCGGGCAGCGACGAGGGCAAAAGUGUUAACAGAAGCUAUCGGUGCGCUAAAAUGGGAGUGGUGCCGGUGUACCUGCCAAGCAACUACCCGAAGCACGAGUGCGUAGCGUACAACUACCUCAUGGGCGACGAAAGAAUAAAAAUGUGCAACGUGGUACCGGUGAAUCCCACACACCUGGCGGUGGUGAACAGCAAACUGGUAACGUCGAGAGAAAUCGAAAGGAAUCCGGAGCCUCGCUACGAAAACGGGGCAGUUUGGGCGUACGUGAGGCGGUACUACCAGCCGCUGAGCUACUUCCUCACCACGGCGAAGACGAAGCUGCCGGAGGAACACCCUCUGGUACUGAGGACGUUUUCGGCGGCGUUCUGCUUCGGCCAGAUUUACUCGAAGCUGGCGGAGUUCAGCGACAGGCUGGCGGUAGGGAAGGGCGACUUUUUCGCGCCCGUGGGCAAGAGGAGCGUCCUGCGGAGUUUUAUCGCAAAACUGCAAAAGUUCGGAGUGUAUAAUCGCAACGCAUUCGAAUCUGUGUAUAAAAGGGACAGGAAGUUCCUGUUUGAGGAGUACAGAUCACUUCUGAGGGGAGAUGUGCCCCAACUGGAGGAGGUGUAUCAAGCUCUGCCCGUACAAAUCAACUAG